UUCCUCAUGUUUUCUUGGCCCCCUCCUGUGUUCCUUUUCUGCAGAAGAAGGCAGUCUGGAUCUAUGGACCUAAUAUUGCUCGAUCUGAUGACACCAGUUGAUUUUACCAUGAGCAGCCUUGGAUUUGCAAAAGCUUCCCGCACUCUGAUUUGUGAGAGAUGAGUUCAAAUUGUGCUUUGACGGUUUCAUUAAUGGCAUGUUUCAUUUCCCCCUGCAUUAUGAUAUCACAGAUGACAACAUCAGAACUUGCCAGUAGGACAGCAGGAAGAGAAAUUCCAGGGGACGCAGAGGGAGAGCGAAGCUUUGGACAGUAACCUAGAAGGACCCUUUAUGGUCUUGCUUGCACUUGGAACACAGCAGGAUUACUUGAGUGCAAACUGUCAGCAUGGAGCUAACGUCUGGAGUCUGAACACUGGCUAGGAGGGCUUUCCAGCUGCAAUAAACCCCAGUAUCAGCAGAAGGUGCUGGUGGCGUGAAGGAUCAAGAUGCAGCGGAAAAAGAUCAAAGCAGAUGAUCAUGCCAACCUGAUGGGUGAAGACCAAAAUGCCAAAGGGCCUUAUUAUGGUAGUCUGAGCCAGGCUCCUAUUGAAAUCUCGGAGCUGAGUAAACCAAGUCAAGCAAGCCACGUCACGCAGAGCACUGCAAACGUCUUCAGCGAUGGACGCACCAGGAUAGACUUCGUCCUAGUGUGGGAAGCAGAUCCCCAGGAGCAGGAGGGACAGAAUGAAGAAACCACUGCUGAGAGCGAGGUGCCCCGGUGGAGAAGAGCUGUCGAUGUCCGCAAGACUUGGCGGAAGAAGUUUCUGAACAAGCUCCAGGCCACUGGGAUCUGUAUAGAAAAGCACGUGGUCCAGGAUGAGAAGAAGGUGGUGCACUAUGUGCUGCUGAACGCCCCCUGGAGCGUGCUGUGUUAUUAUGCAGAGGAUCUCCAGCUGAGGCUCCCCCUGCAGGCCCUGCCGAAUCAGGCUUCAAACUGGUCUGACAGAGUGGCGAAGCAGCUGGGUGUCCCCAGCCUGCUGCAUGAGGAGGUUCCCAAUCUGCCCCUGGACUACUACACUUGUCACUUCAAAGUGAACAAGUUAGCAUGGUUCCUAGGGAGCAAUGAGCAAGACACCUUCUUCAGCAGCACACAGCGGCACAGGAUACUGUACGAGAUCCUGGCCACGACACCAUAUGGCCACCUGAAGCAGGGGGAGGUUGGGGUGGAUCGGCUGCUGAGCGAGAAUGUCUUUGCAGCUGCAUUCCCUCUGCAUGAGGGUCCCUUUGCAGUACCCGCUGACAGGCUGGCCCCUGAGACCCUGACCGAGCGCCAGGUCCUCUUCCAGUACUGGGCGAGGUGGUGGAAAUGGAACAAAUACCAGCCACUGGAUCACAUCCGCAGGUACUUUGGAGAGAAGAUCGCACUCUACUUUGCCUGGCUGGGUUUCUAUACUGGGUGGCUGUUGCCUGCGGCAGUUGUGGGGACACUGGUUUUCAUCGCAGGCAUAUUUCUGAUGCUGAGCGACAUACCUGCGCAGGAGAUCUGUGAGAGCGAGGAUCAGUACCAGAUGUGCCCGCUGUGUAAGGAGUGCCCACAGUGGCAGCUCUCCAGCAUCUGCAGCAUGUUCAAGGCAGGUCGCCUCUUCGACCAUGGUGGGACCAUCUUCUUCAGCAUUUUCAUGUCCUUGUGGGCGGUGACAUUCCUGGAGUACUGGAAGCGGAUGAACGCCACCCUGGCACAUCGCUGGGACUGUUCCGAUUUCGAGGAUAUUGAGGAGCGGCCGCGACCUCAGUUCACUGCCAUGGCUCCCAUGACGAUGGAGAACCCAAUUACUGGAGCAGAGGAGCCAUAUUUUCCUAAGCGGAACCGUGUAAAACGGGUCACGGCUGGAUUGAUGGUCAUCAUCAUGAUGAUUGCUGUGGUUGUGAUGUUUCUGAUCUCCAUUAUCCUGUACCGGGCGAUCGUCAGCAUCCUUGUGUCAAGAUCUGGGAACUUCCUCUUUGUGGCAUCGGCGUCUCGUAUUGCCAGCCUCACGGGCUCAGUGGUGAAUCUAAUCUUCAUCCUCAUCCUCUCUAAAAUUUACAUUGCACUGGCCCAUUUCCUUACCAAGUGGGAGAUGCACCGGACUCAGACGAAGUAUGAAGAUGCUUUCACCUUCAAAGUGUUUGUCUUCCAGUUUGUCAAUUUCUACUCUUCUCCCAUCUACAUCGCAUUCUUCAAGGGCAGGUUUGUAGGCUACCCAGGGCACUACAAGACCUUGCUUGGGAUCCGCAACGAGGACUGCGGGGCUGGCGGCUGUCUCAUUGAACUCGCCCAAGAGUUGCUGGUCAUCAUGGUGGGAAAACAAGUCAUUAACAAUGUGCAGGAAAUCGUCAUCCCGAAGCUGAAAGGCUGGUGGCAGAAGUACAAGCUUCGAUCCAAAAAGCGGAAAAGCAAGGAGGCCCAAUUGGGCCUGGCGCAGCAGGUGCCCUGGGAGAGCAACUACGAGCUCCUGGUCUGUGAGGGGCUGUUUGACGAGUACCUGGAAAUGGUCCUGCAAUUUGGAUUCAUCACUAUCUUUGUGGCAGCUUGUCCUCUGGCGCCCCUUUUCGCCUUGCUCAACAACUGGGUGGAGAUCCGCCUGGAUGCACAGAAGUUUGUCUGCGAGUACCGUCGUCCUGUGGCUGAGCGGGCCCAGGGCAUUGGCAUCUGGUUUUAUAUCCUGGAGGUCAUCACCCACUUGGCUGUCAUCAGUAACGCCUUCCUGAUUGCCUUCACUUCAGACUUCUUGCCCCGGUUGUAUUAUCAGUACACCCGUGCCAGUGACCUGCAGGGCUAUGUUAACUUCACCCUGGCGUAUGCUCCAAAGCACUUUGCCUCCCAGCACAAUGUCACGUGCAGGUACCGUGCCUACAGGGAUGAGAACGGCAGGUACUCGCUAACCUAUUGGAACCUACUAGCAAUCCGCCUGGGCUUUAUUAUAGUGUUUGAGCAUGUGGUUUUCUUUAUUGCUCGUGUGAUAGACCUGAUGGUGCCUGACAUUCCUGAGUCACUGGAGAUCAAGGUGAAGCGUGAACGUUAUCUGGCCAAGCAGGCACUGGCUGAGAACCAGGCCCUCUUUGAGAGAAAGGAAGUCAGAGCCACCUCCAGCACUAUGCAAACAGCACCCAAAGCCUGGGAGCUGGGUGGGAUGCAUGAAAACCAGGAGCCUACCCAACUACGGACGAUGAUGUCUACACACACAGUAGCUGCGAGUCUGGAAGCUCAUCCUCAGCAGCAGUUUGAGCCUGAAGCGGAAUCUCCAUGAAUUGCUGUUGACUCAGUUUUAAAACACAAAAAAUGGUGACUGCUUCUAGGUGAGGGUGAAUGAAACUGAAUUCAGACAUGAAGUAUGAUUUCUAGCAUUCUCCUUUGGAAAAGAUGAAGUCAACUUGGCUCUGACCCUGAGCUGGUGGCUGUUGUAAGAAACCUUGCAGAGGAAUGAAUUAUUUUAGUGAAAUUUCAGAGUGGAUAAUUGUAAUUUCAUGGAUAAAUAAAGCAUGCCAAUUAAUAGUACAGUGACAGGCAUACUUGAAUACCAUCUAAGUCCUCAGAGCCC